AUGGCUGUCAGGGACCCCAGCACCGUGUCCAAUUACGACGCGUGGCGGACAAAGCACACCACGGCCAACCUCAAGCUCGACUUCAAGGAGAAGGUCCUCCGCGGAGUGGUCACGCUUGAGCUUGAGUCGCAGACGGACAAGGAAUCCAAGGAGAUCAUCCUUGACUCCAGCUAUCUCGCGGUAUCAUCCGUCAAGGUCAACUCGGGCGAGACCAAGUGGGAAGUCAAGGACCGAGCGGAGCCGCUGGGCUCGCCGGUCCACAUCGCCGUGCCUGCUGGUGCGGCAAAGUCAGAGGUGAUCAAGGUGGAUAUCGAGUUGGCCACGACGGACAAGUGCACCGCGCUGCAGUGGCUGACGGCUGCGCAAACCUCAAACAAGAAGGCACCCUUCAUGUUCUCGCAAUGCCAGGCGAUCCAUGCGCGGUCUCUGUUCCCCUGUCAGGACACCCCCGACAUCAAGUCUACCUACUCGUUCCGGAUCACCUCGCCCCAUGUGGUCGUGGCAAGCGGCGUCGCUUCCGGCGAGCCUGAGUCGCAGAGCGGUAGUGACAAGCUCUACAGCUUCGAGCAGAAGGUCCCUAUCCCCUCGUAUCUCUUCGCGCUGGCCUCGGGGGACAUUGCCACCGCGUCGAUCGGGCCCCGGUCUCUGGUGGCCACCAGCCCUGACAAGCUGGAGGGCGCCAAGUGGGAGUUCGAGCAUGACAUGGAGACCUUCAUGGAGGCAGCCGAGAAGUUGGUAUUCCCUUACCAAUGGGGACAAUACAAUGUUCUCGUCCUGCCUCCGUCGUUCCCUUACGGAGGCAUGGAGAAUCCCAUCUACACCUUUGCAACCCCCACCGUCGUUUCUGGUGAUCGUCAGAAUGUGGACGUCAUUGCUCAUGAAUUGAGCCACAGUUGGAGCGGAAACCUGGUUACAAGUUGUAGUUGGGAGCACUUCUGGCUGAAUGAAGGUUGGACAAUGUACUUGGAGCGUCGUAUAAACGCCUCAAUUCACGGUCCCGCUCACUUCGACUUCUCUGCUGUAAUCGGAUGGAAGCAUCUUGAGGACGCCAUCCAGGAAUAUGGAAAGGACCAUGAGUACACACAACUUUCUAUCCCUCACAAGGGUAUUGACCCCGACGAUGCUUUCAGCACCGUUCCUUAUGAGAAAGGUUUCCACAUGAUCUAUUUCCUGGAAAGGCUUGUUGGCAGAUCGAACUUCGACAAGUUCAUUCCUUACUACUUUGAGAAGUGGUCCAGGAAGUCUUUGGACUCUUACGACUUCAAAGCUACCUUCCUCGAAUUCUUCAGCGCACCAGAAUACUCUGACCUCAAAGACAAGAUUGCCAAAAUCGAUUGGGAGACUCGAUUCUACAGCCGCGGGCUGCCUCCAAAGCCCGAGUUUGACACUUCGCUCAUCGAUGUCUGCUACAAGCUGGCAGACCAAUGGAAAGACAAGGACUUCAAUCCUUCUGCCAAAGACGUGGAGGGCCUUGCCGCCAACCAAAAGCUCGUCUUCCUCGGCAAAGUCCAGGAUUUCAGCGAGCCCUUGAGUGCCGCGCAGGCGGAGAAGAUGGGAGAUGUCUACGGGUUUCUCAGCAGUCAGAACGUCGAGCUCAAGGCCGCCUACUUCCAUAUUGCCCUGCGGUCCAAGGUCACGAGCACAUACCCCCUCGUCGCCGAGCUUCUGGGCCAGGUCGGCCGCAUGAAGUUCGUGCGCCCGCUCUUCAGGUCCCUCAACAAGGUCGACAGAGACCUUGCCGUCAAGACUUUCGAGAAGAACAAGGACUUCUAUCACCCUAUCUGCAGGGCUAUGGUUGAGAAGGAUCUGGGCGUUGCCGCUGAGGCUAAGUAG